GAUACGCCUCAUCGAUUAGAAUUGAGAAAAAUCCAUCCCUAUUGUUACAAACAUACGAUUCAUGGGGAAGUAAAGAAAUAAAUCGAACAGAGUAUAUCUUAGUAUUUCAAGGAAGGGUAAAAAUGUCUUUAUAUAUAACAUAUUUAAAUAGAAAAUAAAAAAUCCUAUUUGGGGUUAAAAUGGGCUCACACUUUGGCGAAGCACCUGCUUUCCGUUGGAAAAGAACCAACAAAAGUUCUCUAUACUUCUUCACUACUCGUACAGGCUUGACGGAGUUAAGCUGUCUGGAGGGAAUAAUUUCUUCUUAAUCAAGAAUGCCUCAACUAGAUAAAUUCACUUAUUUCACACAAUUCUUCUGGUCAUGCCUUUUACUCUUUACUUUCUAUAUUGCCAUAUGCAAUGAUGGAGAUGGAGUACUUGGGAUCAGCAGAAUUCUAAAACUACGGAACCAACUGGUUUCACACCGGGAGAACAACAUCCGGAGCAACGACCCCAACAGUUUGGAAGAUAUCUUGAGAAAAGGUUUUAGCACCGGUGUAUCCUAUAUGUACUCCAGUUUAUUCGAAGUAUCCCAAUGGUGUAACGCCGUCGACUUAUUGGGAAAAAGGAAGAAGAUCACAUGGUAUUGGUCAUGCUCUUCUACAAAUUUGUUCACACCAAAUUAUGAUCGAUUUAUUAUUUGACCACAAAUAAUCUAAUGUUACAUCCAACUCUUGUACUCUCACAAUUUCUUUCUCCCACGCGUGACGAAAGAUUUUAUCUCCUCAAGCUUUAUUUGUUUUCCUUUCCUUUCCUUUCAUAUCACAAAUAAUUUUCAGUAAGUUUCGUUUGAUUGCUUAUUCUUUUUACAAUUUGUUAUUCGUGUUUUGCUCAAAGGAAGGGAACAUAGAUGAUAUUUACUAGAGGAAACAUAAAAUCUUCCACCCUGAGUUGCGGAAAGAAAUCGUGGAAGUACACAAGGCUAAUGAAAUAUACAUAGUUUCUGAGUACACGGAUGAAAGACAUAGAUACUAUGAAUCUAAUGAAAAUUUCAGGGAAAACAGACUUCUGCUCAGAAAACAUGAAAUUUCUUCUCAUGGAUUUAUUUAAAAAUCUCUGAAGUCAGACAUCUAAUUUUUUUUUUUCAUAAAUAUCACAGCAGAAGUAAGAGAACCAAACCAACUAAUAGGCAUUUACCUAAACCAAAAAACAGGCAUAUACCUCAAUUAAUUAAAUCAACAAAUCUAAAAUAAACGAAAUUACAGCAACUCUCACACUCACCAAAAUUUAUCUGCUCAUGCUUCAUAUCAGAAUAGCGUAUAUUGCCUUGUAAUAAAACAGGAAAUCAUACCGCCGCUACAAUUAAUUUUACAGCAGAUCCAGAGAGACGGAAACUUGAUUCUUAUUUUAUUAUUAUCAAUAAAUUUGAGUAAAACUCUUAGGAAAUUUUAAUAAUAUAAGAGGAGAUCAGAGAUUGGUAGGGUUUAUCAAUCACCGUUUAGUCAGAAACACGGACCAAAGAAGUUAUUCGUCAUAUCUCCUGAUUCAUUAAAAAGAAAAACUUCUAUUUCAUCAAAAUAACGUAAAAUCAAAAAUUUAUAAAUAAAAUCAUGAGUAAGAUGAAUUCGAAACUAAUGAGAUGAGAAAUCAUCAGAGACUUAAAUACAAUGAAUCACGGAAAAUUAAUGUAUCAUAUUGUUGCAGUUUUUUUCUCAUCACCUGAUUUCAAUUGCGCAAAACAUAUAAACAAAUCAAAAAAUAAUCGAGAGAGAUAAGCAGAACGAACGAGUAGAGGAUUAAGACAAACCCUAACAGAAGAUUCGAGAACGAGGUAUUGAGUGCUGUUGAUCUGUGCCAUAGAAACCAAUUGAGAAAACGCCUCUACAUAUAGAAGGACUUUAUGAUUCGUAUACGGCUUGACGGGUUGCCCUUUACAGUAAACUAAAUGGCCCCGAUU